AUGUUAAAAACACUUUUAUUGACCUAUUUCAUCGGAGCGUCCUCGGCACAUAAUUUUUUUGAACCAGGUAUCAUUCGUUUUCCAUUGAGAAGUGCGCAGCAAUCGAUAAAUUACGAAAGUUUUACAUCCAGUCAACAGAAUAUCACUAUUGGCAGAUGUGAACAUGUGUCGGACAAUCGAGUUGUACUAAAUUUACAAAAUUUGAGAUUAGACACGCCGCCUAAUCCUUAUCCAGGUUUCAUCGAUGGAUCUUUUGUAUCUUGCAUCAACCUGGCUGCCAAUGACAUUUUUCAAAUCGUCCCUGGAUCUUUCGAUCAGUGUCCAAGCUUGAGCUAUCUCGAUUUAUCGCGAAAUAGAAUUCAGUUUUGCGAUUUUUUCAAUUUCGGAAGUUCACAUCCCAGCCUUGUAACGCUAAUUAUUGAGGAUAAUAAGCCACCGAUCGACAACAUUGACAGAAUCAUAAGCAAAGCUGAUUGUUUUCCAAGAUUGCGUUAUCUUUAUCUCCGUAGAAACGCAAUCCGAGGUCUCAACUUUUCUCUGCGGAGAUCGUUUCCAAUUAUCACGCAUCUGUUUCUCUCCGAUAACCACAUAGACACUCAAACUUUCAUUCACGAUUUGCCUCCCACUUUGACGCAUCUUUAUCUCGAACGAAACUUCAUCAGUGAAUUGAACUGUCAUAUUAUGAGAAAUUUAGAAAACCUACAUUUAGAUGGAAAUAUUAUACGUUCAAUUUGUUAUAAAAGCUGCCACGGAUCAUCGUUGAAAUUGGAAGGAGUUCAUAAACUAACCACUUUGACCAUUUCUGACAAUAGAAUCAUUGAAAUCGAGUCCUGCGCCUUCCAAGAUGCCAGAGAUUUAAUGAUCUUAAAUUUGGGACAGAACAAUUUGGACGAUUUGAAGCACGAUACAUUCGAAGGAUUGCUUUCGCUAAGAGAACUCAAUCUCGAUGACAAUCACUUGAAAACUGUGCCAAACUUGUCUAACAAUAAUAAGCUGGUCAGUCUAGCCUUGAGGCGUAACAAGCUCCAGAUGAUAAGACGGGAUAAUUUUAUGAAUAUGAGAAUGCUUAAAUAUCUUUACUUAGGUGGCAAUAAUAUUCAAAGUAUUAUAGCUGGUUCCUUCGAGCAUCUUGAAUCUUUGAUGGAACUAGAUUUAUCGAAUAAUGGUUUAGAUUUUAUACCAAGUGAUUGGUUGAAGUGGCAGUGGAAUCUUCACACCCUAGAUGUUCGUGGUAAUAGAUUUAAAAGUCUGGAGCAAAUGUCGCUCAAUACAGCUCCAUCAUUGAGUAUUAUUUAUCUGCAAAAUAACCCAAUAACACAUUUUAGUGGAUCUAUUGUUUCAAAAUUCUCACCGAAUGCAAUUAUACACUUACAAAAUGAUUGUAGUGAUAGAAUCCAGAAUAGGACUGAAUGCUAUGCAAAAUGUGAUCAGAAUGAAAGUCGAAUGAAGAAUGAAACUUAUAUUAGGUGGAUCAAUAAAAUAAAGAUGUCUUGGCUUAUAACUAGUUUAGUUAUAUUUACUGGUACAGUGAACGCAAGAGUGCAAUUUACCAAAUCAGUUCAAUUUCCUCUAAGAAAUAUUCAAAAUUCCAUUAACGUGGAAUCCAAUUACUCAUACGAAUUGUAUUACAAGUCUGAAUUUCGUCAAUACUACAACACAAAUAAUGGAUACAUAUUGAAUUUGUCAAAAUUGAGUUUGCCCUGGACGCCAAAUCCUUACCCAGGGUUUAUCGAGAGUUCAAACAUCGUAACGAUAAAUCUCCGAGAAAAUGGAAUUUUCCGCAUAAUACCAGGUUCCUUCGAUUCUGUACCAUACAUGCAAUUUUUGGAUUUGUCGCGCAACAAAUUAGCAUUCUGUGACUUUUUUUACUUUGGCAGCUGCGUGCAGAACUUACAAACUUUAGUAAUAGAAGAAAACCAAUCGCCCACCGACAGCUUAAAUAAAGAAAUCAGUAGAGCCGGAUGUUUCCCGAACGUGCAAAAUCUUUACAUCCGUCAAAAUAGCAUCCGGCGUUUGAGUUUCUGUCUGAAACAAUCUUUUCCAAAUCUGGUGUCCCUCUAUCUAAGUGACAAUGAGAUUGACAGCUGUAACUUCAUUCGUGAUGUACCUACAAAUUUGGCUCAUCUUUAUGUGGAUCACAAUCACAUCAGUAGCAUAAGCACGUUCAUUACGCGAAACUUGGUGACUCUAAAAGCCGAUGGUAACAUAAUUCGUUCGAUUUGUUAUAAGAACUGCAGCAACACGUCGCUCAAACUUCUUGGCACAAAACGCCUUCAACAUCUGUCCGUCUCCUCGAACAAGAUCACACAGAUUGAAGCUUAUGCCUUGCACGACUCUUUUAAUCUCGUAAGCUUGAACUUGUCGAGCAACAGUCUCGAGACGAUAUAUCCAUCGACCUUUGCGUCGCUGCGCUCACUUACGCAACUGCAUUUGGAUAACAACCUAUUGACUCAUGUGCCCAAUUUGAGCGGCAACUGGUAUCUCAAGACUCUUAGUCUACGCAAAAACCGAAUUACCGAGAUUAAAAGAGAUAUUUUCAUUAGUAUCAAGUCCGUACAAAAAAUUUAUCUCGGUAGCAACUCCAUCAAAAGAAUACAUUCCGACGCUUUUUCGGAACUCACCUAUUUACAAGAACUUGAUCUCUCGAACAAUCAGUUGGAAACUUUGUCUACCGGUUGGAUGCGUAAUUUGAUAAAUUUGCAACGUUUAGAUUUGAGGAACAAUAGAUUUACCUAUGUUUAUCAUUUGUCGCUUAGCACAUCAUUGACACUUCGUAUAAUUCAUUUGCAACGCAAUAGGUUUGCCCAAAGUGAUAAGGGUGAAAUUCAAAGAUACUGCCCAAAUGCUCAGAUAUAUAUAGACGAUUAUCACAACAAUUAUUACAUAAAUGACGUAGUUUAUGAAGCAAAGAAUAAUGGAAGCAAAAAUAAUAAGAGUGAUUAUGUGGAUUACCAAAACUUGGCGAUUAAUGAAAAUUUUCCACAACUACAAUAUCUUUCUCUACGAAACGUAAAUAUAAAUAAUUUUUCCAUAAAUUGGAUCAAGCAUUUUCCCAAAUUGGAGUAUCUUGAUGUAUCAGAAAAUUUAUUAGCAGAUAAUUUGUUGAACGUCUUUUUAAAAAAUACUACUUCAAAUAUCAAAAGUCUCAUUGCUGAAAAAAUUGGACUAACUAUGGUAAGAACUGAAGAUUUACUGGCUAUUGAACAUUUAAAUUUAAAUCACAAUCACUUACCAAGAUUUAGCAGUCACAAAUGUCACGGAAGUAGCAUAUGUUUCGAAGAUAUGGAUAAUUUGAAAUUUCUUUCUCUUUCUAAUUGCUCAGUAACUUAUAUCGAAGAUAAUGCUUUCAAAUACAUGAAAAAUUUGUUGGAACUAGAUUUAUCAAAUAAUUGUUUUCAAAAAAUUCCAAAUCAAACAUUUGGAUACUUAUAUUCACUUUUAAGCUUGAACUUGAGUUAUAAUCCGCUAAUAAGUAUGCCAAACAUUGAAAAAUUACAAUCUUUGACAACUUUAAUACUGGAUGACUAUAAUCCCCAGAGGUGUUUGAAUAAUCCAUAUUAUACGAGCAAUUACGAAUGCUCAGAUACUUACACGUUAAAAGUUGAACAUGAAUACCCUCAAUUAACUCAUCUCUCUAUCCGUAAGAUUUUUAUUAAUUUAUUCGACAUCGAUUGGAAAAAUAACUUUCCUAAAUUAAGUUACUUAGACAUAUCUUAUAAUUCAUUAAGUCAAGCGUUUGAUUACUUACCGCAAAGUUUAACAUCUUUGACAAUGAGAAAUGUUGGUAUGACGUCGUUAGGAAUUUUAAAACUGGAGAAUCUUAUUUAUUUAGAUUUAAAUGAGAAUAAGUUUCAAAUUCUCAGUAGUCAUUUGUGUUACGAAAAUUAUGUUCUAUGUCUGCGAAAUAUAAUAAAUCUACAAUCGCUGUAUAUUGCUCAAUGUUCAAUCGAAUUCAUUGAAGCAGACGCAUUCAAAUAUGCUGAGAAACUAAAUCAAUUAGAUAUGUCAAGUAAUGUAUUUGAAGAAAUUCCCGUCGAAACAUUUGAAUUGUUACCUGCUUUAUCGCUUUUGAACUUGAGCAGGAAUAAUUUAAAAACUAUUCCAAAUUUUAGUAAUUUACAGAAUUUGACUUCAUUAUAUAUGGAUUCUAUGGUGAAUAAAAAAUUACUAUCACCGGAUGCUUUGGAAAAUUUUCCGCUGUUACCAACAUUGAAAAUAAUUUCACUUCGUUUUAAUGAGUUGAAAACAAUACCAUUGAGUUUUCUAAAUAAACUGCCAAACUUAUUAGAACUAGAUUUGAGUUCUAACAGAAUUGCAUCACUACCAUCUGGACAAUGGAAUAAAAAUCUACAAAACCUUUACCUGGAUAAUAAUAUAAUUAAAAAUUUGGAAGACAUAUCAUUACAAGAAAUUGAAUCAUUGAAGCUGCUAAGCAUACGAGCUAAUCUAUUGUAUUAUAAAAUCAAUCUCAUAUUUCUUAUUUCCUCCAUACAUAAACGUAGUAAAGGUAAUAUUACGAAAUUAGGAUCAUUAAAAGAAGUCAUAUAUAGCCAAUAA